AUGAAGAAAGUGCUAUAUGAGUUUGCGAAGGCCAAUGAUAUUGAUAGCUUCAUUGAUGCCUUUCAACAAGUUUCAUCGACCAAACAACUUAAUUUGUUUGCAAUUUUUGAACACGUAACUCCAUCCGGGAAUUCAGUGCUUAACAAAGCAACAAGUUUUGGUAGCCAAGACAAUACCGAGCUUUUGUCUCAUCACUUUCCUUUCCUAAUCACAAGGAAGAACUUCCGGGGUGAUAUCGUAGAGAAGUCUCCCUUGUAUCUGGCAGUUGAGAAUAAGAAUGAGAAGAUUCUUGCUCUUCUUUUGGAAGCUACACCCGGAGGAGAUUCACUCAACAGGCCAGUUGGAAAGUCCCCAGCACAUGACAGGCGGGUUAAGGAUGAUAUUGCAAACAAUGAAAACCUGACAUCAUAUGAUGUUGCUUGGGGACAAUCUGAAAAAGCUGAAGAGGACAGGCAACCUACAAUAGCUAAGCCCACUGAUCUCUACAGACAAGACAAGUCAAUUAAUUCGAAGCCUGUGAACCAUGAAAGGACUCAACCUCAAGCAGUGGACUCGAAGGAAUCUAAACAGCUAGAUUAUUAUGAAUUGAUGAUGACAUUAUCGAUCUUUUACUGGUGUACUAAACCUGUAAAACCAUUAGAUAAAUUUUUACCCAUUCACGGCAAGCCCCUAUCAAAAGAGGAAAUGAAGAGCAGGAUAGGGAGUCUUCUUGUUGGAGCAGUACUUGUUGCUGGUGUAACCUUUGCGGGUGCAAUCCAACUACCUCAAUUAGGUGACAAUGGUGCUAAAUACAAGAUUUGGCUAAACGUAUAUAUGUACAGCGACAUCCUUGCUUUAAAUGUUUCCACAUUCGCCGCUUUAAUCCUCUAUGGGGCACAACUGAAUGAAAUCAAAUUAGCCCCUGCUGCAGUUUGGUUUGCAUCAGUAUUGGUUGGUGCCUCUAUUUAUUUGAUGUGCUUGGCAUUCUAUUUUGCCGCUUUUAUAGCAGCACGUGGAAGUCUUCCAUUCUUGGUGACUGUUUGUCUGAUCGUAGUAGGGUUCCUCAUUAUUCAUAGUUUCUUUUAUAUUCAGUGGUUCAUUCCACUUGCAGUCAACCAAGCUGUCCAAAGAUUCAUCUCAAUUUACUUCUACUUCAGUAUGUUUGCAGGUAAUUAUAAUUUUGAGAUGUUAGUUAGCAAAGUUAAGGAUCUCAAUAAACUAGAAGAGUAG